CUUCUUCUCAUUCAACCACGCUUUCAGCCUUCCAAGCUCUACGGCUCAUUAUUUUUCCAUCUCCCUCCUUAAUUUAGCCAAGCUCUACACUGCUCGAUCAAUGGCUUACGGGAAGAGGCCUCGGCAGCAAGCCGAGGAGGCGGCGUUCAGCCUGUUCGACAGCAGCGACAUGGCGCGCAUCAUGCUGCUCUUCUCCGGCGCCCACGGCGGCGGCGGUGGCGCGGCGGCGGCGUCGCCGCCGGAGCGGAUGUUCGAGUGCAAGACAUGCAACCGGCAGUUCCCGUCCUUCCAGGCGCUCGGCGGCCACCGGGCCAGCCACAAGAAGCCCCGCCUGGCGGACGGCGACCCGGCCGCCGAGGCGCCGGCCAAGCCCAAGGUGCACGGGUGCUCCAUCUGCGGGCUCGAGUUCGCCGUCGGCCAGGCGCUCGGAGGGCACAUGCGGCGCCACCGCGCCGUCAUGGCGGACGGCCUCGGGCUUGGCCUCAGCCUCGGCCUCGGCAUCGGCGUCGUCGGGCAGAGCGACGACGACGGCGGCAAGAAGAAGGCCGCGGCCGCCGCCGCCGCCGCCGAGCUGGUGUUCGACCUGAACGCGCCGGCGAUAGAGGAGGAGCCGGAUCGCGCCAGGCCGGCGGGGCUCGCCGUAGAGUUCCCCGUGGUGGUUGACUUCCCGUGCUGACAUUGACACAGAGAUUUACUUCUCCAUACAAGUUUUGAAAAUUAAUUUACAGUUUACAUUUAUACGCUACCCGAGAAGUCAACCCUGGAAACAUUAGCUAGAGAGAUUCCGUCAUACAUAUUUUUUCCCUGGAAAUGUAUUCGGAUGAUUAUAAUGUUUUCAGGGCCUAUAUAUUGUAUUGGUUGACUUAUCGUGGUACUUAUAGUCGGUUGUCCUUUUCCCUUUCGGUGCUACAUAUUUUAUUCUACCUGUAGUGGUUGUUUUCACGAUCGA